AAUAGCACAAGCUCUGAAGCUCUGAACACGAACAAGACGGAGACGCGGGGAGAGUUUAGCCGUCAGCAGUCCGCAACACUAAAGGCGCAAUGACCUUGUCCACGCUGUCCGUGCUGUGCGCGCUUGGGUUACUCGGGCUCUCUCCCGCGUGCUACAUUCAGAACUGUCCGAGAGGCGGAAAGCGCUCGUUCCCGGAUGCCGUCCCCAGGCAGUGUUUAGCGUGUGGCCCCGCAGAUAAAGGCCAGUGCUUUGGCCCUAGUAUCUGCUGCGGAGAGGGCAUAGGCUGUCUCGUGGGUUCUCCGGCGAGUGCGCGCUGUGUGGAGGAAGACUAUCUUCCUUCUCCUUGCGAGUCUCGAGGAAAAGCGUGCGGAGCCGAGGAAGGUCGUUGCGCCGCGCCAGGUGUUUGCUGCCACGCAGAUGGCUGUACGCUGGACCCAGACUGCAUGGAAGAGAAUAAACGAGAAGAUGAUGAGGAGCAGAACAGAGGCUUAACGGGACCAUCACGAGAACUGCUUUUGCGCAUGCUCAAUUUCAACAGGGCACGGAGCCCUUACUGACCACCUCCAAGUUUCUAGGGAAAAUUUAUAGUGCCUUGUUCUAGUUUACUCGAACACAGACGCUAACAGGUCCGCAGAUUAGACAAACGAAGAUGGCACUGACAUGCUAAACAAUAUCGAAGAUACAUAUGAGGUCUAUUUGAACACAAAAUCUCUCGUACAUAAACUUUGUGCCUUUAUGGGUGAAGAAUGUUCUAGCUGUAUUAACUUUCACUAUAUGCCACAAUACCCGGUGUUGCAGUAUGUUGUCAUCUUAAAAACCUUGUAUUGAAAUAUGCAUUAUACAAUUAAAGUGUAUUGCGAAUAAAAACACUCUAGCACUGAUA